CAACAUGAGCUGAAAUGUUUUCUCCUCUUGUUGUUCUUUUCUUUGUUAACGGUGGUCUUGAUAAUCGGACAUUUAUUGUCUUAUAUAGCUGUUAUGAAGCACUUUCUCAGUCGUCUGCAUUUGAAAACAAUUCUGCUUCUAUAUUUCAGCUGUAACAACUCGUCGUUUGCUGGUUCCAGCAGAGGACAGCUUGUUGAGGUUUCGACUCUGCUUCUUCUCAUCUCUUGUUGCCAUGAUUGGCCUGGUUCUGCUCUGCUGUUGCUCCUUCAGUCUGCUGCAUUUGUCUUCUCCUCUGGUUCAUGGAAACAUCCAACUGGACAAUGGUCCAGUCGGCGGCCAUCGCACCGACUCCCCCUACCUGCCGGACAUAGAGCGAAGCCACGCGCCCGAUCCCAUGCAGGAAGCCGGGCUCGACUCGGUGGAGGACCACUUCCUCCUGGACGCAGGCUCCUAUGACGAGGACUCCUCGGCAGCCUUACAGCUGCAGGGCCGGGCCAUGCGCUCGCCCCGCCGCUGCAUCCCCCACCAGCAGUCGUGUCUGGGGUACCCGUUGCCCUGCUGCGACCCCUGCGACACCUGCUACUGCCGCUUCUUCAACGCCAUCUGCUACUGCCGCCGGGUCGGCCACACCUGCCCCGCCCGGCGCACCUGAGCUCAGCUGACACGGAGCCACUCCACCCGAGUCGUUUCCCGGGUUUUGUUUAAUAAAUUAUAUUUCAAGAGGUCCAGUCUUCAUCUUUUGUGUGAUUUAUUUUAACCUUUUACUGAUGGACAAUAGGAUGAAAGGUGAAUAAAUUACACACGUUAACCUGCA